UAUUUAUUUUUAUAUAAAAGUUAUAAACAUUUUUAGGAUUUGAUUAUCAAAUUAUCCCUUUCUUUCCUAAUUGUGUGUUAUCAUCAUCAGGUUGUGAAUACAAGAAGAUAGUAUUUAAAGGGUUAAAAAGGGAUUACAUAUUAUAUUGUAAUUGCAAAUCAUUUAUUCAUUUAUUCAUUAGUUCAUAAUUUAUUUUAUAUUCAAAUUAUUUAUUGAUUUUUAUUUUUAUUUUUAUUUUAAUUUUAUUAUUUAAGAAUUAAAUUCAAAAAUAAGACCAUACCCAAACGAUUUACUUCUCUUGGUCAUAUCGAAUCAUAUAUAUAUGAAUGAUAAAGAAUCCCUUAUAAAUUUUAAUCCCUUCCUUUAGCUUCAUCCCUUCGUCACCAUCAAUAGACUAACAACUAAUACCCAAACAACAACUACUACUAUGGCAUUAAGAAACUACUUGUAUGCUAAACACUCUAAUGAUGGGGUAACAGCGGCAAGAAUUAAUAAAAUAGAUCCUAAUAAUUCUAAAAAUGAAUUAAUCGAACAAACUAUAGAAAGUUUCCAUACUCAUCAACGUCAAUUAAAUCAUCAUCAUCAUGCUAAAUCAACUAGUCCUGAAGCUAGACCAAAAACUAAAAAGAUUAAAGUGGUUCAUGGUCAAAAUAAAAUGAAAAGAACUAAUAUUGAAUUCUAUCAAUCAAAUGAUUCUCUUAAUAGUGAUGAUCAAAUUUCUUCACGAUGUCAUAGUAAUAAUAAUAGUCAUGAUCAUUUAGAAAUGGAAGAUACUACUCUUGAAUCAUCUAAUAAGAAAUGUCGUAACUGUCCUGAUUGUAAAAGCAAACAACAACAACAACAAACUAAAUCUGAACCACUUUCAACCACAACUUCUCCUUUAACUUUAACUACAUCCAUUUCCCCUACAAGUUCAUUGGAUCAUCAUCAACAAUCUCCUACAAAUUCAAGAGUCAUGGUAGAAUAUCAAAAUUCAGAUUAUACUACUAAUUUAACUGAUUUACAAUCAAAAAUUAAUAAAUUAAGUAUCGAUCAAUCUAAUGAAAUUGAUUUCACUCAUUCCAUGUGAGGGUGUUAUUACGCGUUGUAUGACUAGCAUUGCUUCAUUACCUUCAUUUCUCUUUUACAUAGCAUUUUCUUUUAAUAAUAAUAAUUUUGGUGGGUUCUCGGUGAUUCAAAAUAAAAAUACAUACAUGAAUGGAAUAUUACAUAACAUAUAUAUAACAUAUAAAUAUAUUCAUUCAAUUAAUAUUCCCCUAAUCUAAAUAACUCAGUGUAAGUUUAAACUUUUUUUGUUUCUUUCUACUUUUGCUCUAAUCUAUG